UUUCUUCUUUGCAGCCAGUAGCUUGACUGCAGUACGACACAUACUCAAUGAAGUGAUGGAAAAUACUGAAAUUUAUCAUAAGUUUUGGUUUGAGGAAGCCACAAAUUUGGCAACCAAACUUGAUAUCCAAAUGAAACUCCCUGGGAAAUUCUGCAGAGCUCAGCAAGGCAACUUGGAAUCUCAACUAAUUUCUGAGGAUUACCAUAAAGAAACCCUACGUAUUCCAACAGUAAAGGCUAUUAUUCAGAAACUUAAAGCUAUAUUCUCAGAACAGUACCUCAAACCUCUUAAAUGCUUAUCUCUGGUAUCCUCCGUCAUGGGACAGCUCAAGUUCAAUACACUGAAGGAAUUCCACGCUGACAUGCACAGAAGUGCCUUAGCCAAUCCCAACACGCUCCCAGCUGAGCCUCAUUGUGGAAGAGUCAAAUGGGAGCACACAGGGAAAGACAUACAGCUUCCAUCCACCAAUUACGAAGCCCUCCAUCUACCUGACAUCAAGUUUUUCCCUAAUGUGUAUGCGUUACUGAAGGUCCUAUGUAUUCUCCCUGUGAUGAAGAUUGAGAAUGAGCUCUAUAAAAAUGGAUGAAAGCAUCUCAAAACAUGCUUGAGGAACAAUAUGACAGACUAAAGGUCCAGUAACUUGGCUUUGGUCAACAUUAAAUGUUGAUAUAAAACACAAUCUGGAUUUAAUGUGGACA